UCAACGUAUGGACAUUGUAGUGGACAUUUUGACUCAUCGACGGCGAAGAGAGCGAGCGGCGCAACGAGAUGACUCUGCGGCAGCGCCGACUUCUGCUGCGCACCCUCCUCUUCCUCUUCUCCCUCAACGCCGCCACCAUCGCCUUCUACCUCCUUUUUCACUUUCCUCAACGCAGCCCGGCCGUUGACGCCGCCAUCUCCACCCAAACCCUAGACAAGGACCGCCAACAAUAUCCCACACUUAAGCAAUGGCCGACCCUCCCCUCCUUCCUCCCGUGGAUCCCCUCACCCGGCCCGCCCCUAAGCUCCUGCGAGGCCUACUUUGGCCACGGAUUCUCCCGCCGGAUCGACGCACUCGGCGCCGGGGAGGACGGUGGCGGGUGGCUCCGGUGCCACUACAGUGAGACUCUGAGGAGCUCCGUGUGCGAGGGGGCUCAGAUCCGAAUGGACCCCUCGCGGAUUAUCAUGUCUGACGGCGGGGAGAGUUUGGAGGUGGUGAUCGGCCGCGGGGAGGAGGAGGAGCUGCCGAAGUAUGAGUCCGGGGCGUUCGAGAUCGAUGGAGGCAGCUUGGGGAAGGAGGGGAUGAGGGCCGUGGAUGAGGAAUUCCUUGAGAAGUAUGUCCAGCGAGGCGAAGUGCAAUCCCACACGAUGCGGAUGCUAAUGGAAUCGAUGCGGUUCGUUGGCCAUCAGAAGCUGGAUUGCUCUGAGUGGAUUGAGGAACCAACAGUGCUGGUGACACGUUUCGAGUAUGCCAAUGUUUUCCAUACAGUUACUGAUUGGUAUAGUGCAUAUGUCAGUUCCAGAGUUACCGACCUGCCUUAUCGGCCUAAUUUAGUCUUUGUUGAUGGUCAUUGCAAGACUCAACUGGAAGAAACCUGGGAAGCUAUUUUUUCUAGCGUUCGAUAUGCUAAAAACUUCUCGGGUCCAGUAUGCUUUAGACAUGCAGUUUUUGCACCACUGGGGUAUGAGACAGCUUUGUUUAAAGGACUAACACAACACAUAAACUGCCAAGGAAUAUCUGCUGGAAAACUUCGUCAAGACCCUGACAUACACAGAACUGCCCGACUAUCUGAAUUUGGUGAGAUGAUUAUAACUGCAUUUGGCCUUCUGGGGAAGCGAGAUUUACCAAGGGAUCCAUCUGUAGGCUAUAAUGUCCUUUUUGUGCGCCGUGAAGAUUAUCUAGCACACCCUCGCCACAGUGGAAAAGUUGAGUCUAGGUUAAGCAACGAACAGGAGGUUUUCGAUGCAAUAAAGAUAUGGGCUGCUAGGCAAGAUAAGUGCAGAAUAAAUGUAGUGAACGGUCUGUUCGCACACAUGCAUAUGAAAGAGCAGCUGGAAGCAAUUCAAGAAGCUUCAGUUGUUGUCGGGGCACAUGGAGCUGGUCUCACUCACUUGGUUGCUGCAAGAGAAGGCACAAAGGUCCUCGAAAUCAUCAGUAGCAUGUAUAGACGCCCACAUUUUGCAUUGAUCUCAGAGUGGAAAGGAUUGGAGUAUCACCCCAUUUAUCUUUCCGGAUCAUAUGCUGUACCUGCUAAAGUCAUCGAUGAGCUUAGCCACAUCAUGGGCAGCAUUGGUUGCUAAGAUCAAAAUGACUAGUCAUCGAGACAGGCUGCUAGCACGAGUAAAUUAGAUGGCUUUGGGUUUGUUCGCAACCUAUUGAGCUAGCAAAUGAACAAGUUAGAGUGGAAGACAUUUUUCUUCCAAAUAUUCUGAAAUCUGCGCGCCUCUACUAAUGUGCGAGGUGACUACAUUUGCUUUAUCCAUUUGAAAGUUAACAAAUCUGGUUUUUCUCCCCCAGGUCUGUCAAUGAAAAGGGAGAAAGUUUUCACCCGAGGCAGAGACAGCAAAUUGGGCAGUGUAUGAUUGGAUUCGACAACUAGAUUACGUCCAUAGACAAUUCAGAGAGCGAACUAAUGAGGGUUUGAGUGUGCAAGUCAAAAUAACUAUUUUUGGUUCUGAAUGCCCUUUAUUCUGUUUGCAAUUUCCAUUCUUGCUCUAUGGAGUACUGGAAUUGGACCGUCUGUUGUGUUGUUUAAUAUAUUUGCCAUGCAAUUUUCCGAUGUUUUGAAAA